AUGACAUUGUUGCAGAUUGCACCUGAUGCUAGAAGUAUUAUUUUCUCGCCCCUAUGGGACUUACAUAAAGAGAGGUGGCACGCGUGCUGUUUAUUAUGGAUAAGAGUUCCGUAUCGCGGUUUCAUUUCCAGCGACGAACUUUCCUUUUUAUUCGCAUUUGGAAACAGUGUUAUGGCGGAAGUCAACCGGCUAGCUGCUCUUCUGUCCGAAUACGCGAAGGCAGAUCUAUUAGCGGAAAUCAGCCACGAACUUCGGUCUCCUCUUCAUGGAAUCUUUGGUGUCGUCGACCUAUUGGUUGAUACUUCUAUGGAUCUUCUUGAAUAUGCUAGUAUCAAUGAUAUUCGGUCGAACUCUUUAAAGGACACAAGUUAUCUAGGAGUCACAGCCGAGCAAGAUAUAGGGCCAGGAAAGAUCGAUGAGAAUUUCAUCAUUCAACUUGAUGCUGCUAUGGAGGAAUCGAUCGAAUCUGUUUUUACAGGCUAUUCUUUCUUAAAAAGCGACAAAUUGCUCAAGGGUAGUUCCGACCAUACAAAUUCUGAUAACAAGCGGAACAAAGUUUUGGUAGUUCUUGAUAUUGACCACACUCAACACUUCAAGUUUGCUACUCGACCCGGUGUGUGGCACGUGAUUUUGACGAAUAUAUUUAGGAAUGCCUUGAAGUUGACCAAAGAGGGCUACAUUUUUAUUUCGCUGAAAGCAGCCCCAGUCCCCGUGGGGCCCAAUCACGAUGGCAAUCUCGCCCAGUCGAAAGUCACUCUAUCUAUUGUUGAUACUGGGUGCGGCAUGGAGGGUGAUUUUGAGGAUACCCUGUCAUCCGGUAAUGGCAUCGGGCUUAACAUCACCAGUCGGCUAGUAUUGUCACUUGGUGGCAAUAUACAAGUUAAGUCCGAGAAAGAUGUCGGAACUGAGGUCGUCAUAACAAUGGUUCUGGGUUAUAUCCCCAAGUCAGGGUCGAGCGACUGCCUUAUCGAUGACCUUUUCCCUAUUGAGGAACACGGCCUGAUGUCAGGGAAAACCAUUUCCAUUGUGGGACUAAGCUCUUCUCAUAAAGAUGUGUCACUUUAUCUCUCUCUGUACAAGCUAUGUCGAGAUUGGUUAGAGAUGGACACCCAUUUGUUUACGCUGUCAAACAAAGAGUUUGGCAAUACCGAUUUUUGUAUCGUGCCACAUACAUAUUUGCAGGGAACGAGUCUACCAGACAUAGUUUCAUCCUUUAAAGUAGCAAAACGGCGGUCGCCUCCGCCUGUCAUUGUCAUAUGUUCGUCCCUGAAAGUGGCGCAUUCGAUGUCCUUGGGCCACAGCCACUCAAAUGGGGCACAAAUUGUGGAGUUCAUUAGCCAGCCAUGUGGGCCUCGCAAGCUAGCAAAAACCUUGGAAACAUGUCUCCGACGACAGCAACAACAAUUCAAUCUAGGCAGUGACAAAAGGGAAAUCUCAAAUACUCGAACAACUACCGCUCUGCCGUUACCACCUAACGAGUUCGAGAGACACUCAUUCCUCCAACUACAGAAUCCAGAUAGCAACCAGCCAACAUCCAGCAAUGAAAAUUCGAACAAGCUAUAG